CACCAGAUUCGAAUCCCAUUUUCGUUUCAAUCUCUAUAGGUUCUUGGUUGAUUUUGCUUCUGAGAGAGGCCAGAUCCGAAGUUUCUCGAACGAAUUCGAAGAAUAAUAAUGUCGGUGAGGCAUGGGCAAUCGUCGUAUCGAGAUCGGACGGGCGAAUUUUUCAAAAUUGUGGAGAGUCUAAGGGGAUCGAUUGCUCCGGCGGCGAAUAGUAAUGUGCCGUAUGGUAAUAAUAGAAGCGACGGUGGGAGAAGAGAGGAUCUGAAUAAACGAUCUGAGUUCAACAGGAGAGCUGCUCAGAUUGGUUUAGCUAUUAAUCAGACCUCGCAGAAGCUCUCGAAGCUUGCGAAACUUGCAAAGAAGACAUCAGUUUUUGAUGAUCCGACUCGGGAGAUACAAGAGCUGACAGUAGUCGUCAAGCAAGAGAUCUCUGCUUUAAAUACUGCUCUUAUCGACCUUCAAGUGUUCCGCAGCUCUCAGAAUGAUGAAGGGAAUAACUCUAGAGAUAGGGAUAAAACUACUUUCUCAGCAACAGUUGUUGACGAUCUAAAGAAUCGUCUGAUGGACACUACCAAAGAGUUUAAGGAUGUUCUUACUAUGAGAACUGAGAACAUGAAGAUCCAUGAAAAUCGAAGGCAACUUUUCUCUUCAAACGCUUCAAAAGAAUCAACAAACCCAUUCGUUCGCCAGCGCCCUUUGGCUGCUAAGGCUGCUGCUGCUAGUGAAUCUGCUCCUCUUCCAUGGGCAAAUGGGGCUUCUUCAUCGUCAUCUCAGUUAGUCCCAUGGAAGCAGGGAGAGGCCGAAUCUUCACCAUUGUUGCAGCAGAGUCAACAACAACAACAACAGCAACAGAUGGUCCCCUUGCAAGACACAUAUAUGCAGAGCCGAGCUGAAGCUCUACACAACGUCGAAUCAACAAUCCAUGAGCUAGGCAGUAUCUUCACACAACUAGCAACCAUGGUUUCCCAGCAAGGGGAGAUUGCUAUCAGGAUCGAUCAAAACAUGGAAGAUACAUUAGCGAAUGUGGAAGGCGCACAGAGCCAACUGGCCAGGUAUCUCAACAGUAUAUCGUCAAACAGAUGGCUGAUGAUGAAGAUUUUCUUCGUACUCAUUGCAUUUCUCAUGAUUUUCCUCUUCUUCGUGGCGUAAACAUUGAGUUCUGAAAAUUGAUUUUAAAAGAGUUUCAACAUCUAGACGAGCUUCUUCUUCUUUCUUUUUUUCUUGUCGUAUCCUAUUGACAUGUAAAGACUAAAAGAGAAAAAAAAGGAUCUUGUGCUCUGUUCAGAUUAAUAGAGAUAUAUAAUGUCACUUCCAUGUAAAAUUGCUUUCAAGUUUUCCAAACAAUUUUUUGUGAUUCUGCUUCUC